AUGGAAGGAUUCGAAGAUUUUGAUCCCCCGAAGAUUUGUGAAUGGCUGAAGAAGAAAGGGGCUUCUGAAGAAAUCCUUACAAUAAUUGGAGAAAAUGACAUCGAUGGAAGGACCUUCUUGGACUUAAAUGAACAAGAUCUUAAAGAUCUUUCAACAUCAUUUAAAAUAAGAAAACAAAUUAGAAAAUUUUUGGAAGAGCUGCAUGAGAAUGAUGAUGGUGCUGAUGGCUCAGAUUCCCCCCAGUUCCAAAGAAAAAGGUCAGCGUCACCACCUUAUUUACCACAAAUACAAAGGCCUAAGAAGCUUGCAUCAAUGAGGCUUGCAACAACUGAUGACUACAUGUACCUUAUUCCAAAGUCUGAAAUCUUAGAUAAUCCAACCCACCAUUCUAAGCAGAGCAUUGAGACAGAGAGACGGCGCAUAGUCAGAAUAUCUAUGGAUUCUUUGAUCGGCCAAAAUGGGGGUCGGCCAUCAGAGGCUGAACUUCAGAUGUUAGCAAGACAGAUGGCCAGUCAAUAUCCAAUCCUUAGGGAUAGACCAUCUGAGGGGCUUCGAAAUAAUUAUAAUUCAUUGGUGGGAUUUCUAAGGAGAAGGAUGUACAACAUCACGCCACCCGUAUCCACAAAAGGAAGGAAGAAAGGAUAUAAUUGCAUUAAAAAACAGGAAAAGAAUGGGGAAAACAAUUCUGAAGAACUUCAAGAAGAAUUGAAAGAUAAUGAAGAAGAGCAAGAAGAACUUGAGAGGAAGGAAGGGGAAGUUCAGGAAGGAGGCAGAAAGAGAGGCAGGGAAGGGGAAGUUCAGGAAGGAGGCAGCAAGGGAGGCAGAGAAGGGGAAGUUCAGGAAGGAGGCAGCAAGAGAGGAAGGGAAGGGAAAGUUCAGGAAGGAGGCAGCAAGGAAGGCAGAGAAGGGGAAGUUCAGGAAGGAGGCAGCAAGAGAUGCAGGGAAGGGAAAGUUCAGGAAGGAGGCAGCAAGGGAGGCAGAGAAGGGGAAGUUCAGGAAGGAGGCGGCAAGAGAGGCAGGGAAGGGAAAGUUCAGGAAGGAGGCAGCAAGGGAGGCAGAGAAGGGGAAGUUCAGGAAGGAGGCAGCAAGAGAGGCAGGGAAGGGCAAGUUCAGGAAGGAGGCAGCUAG